AUGAGCCCCAUUGAGUUACCUCCAUCUACUUCCAAGGAAGUAGACAGGAGGCAAUCGCAUGACUAUCCGAACAUGACGAAAGGCAACCCAAUACAAGGAAAGGGCGUAAGCCGCUAUCGAAUUGCUUCUAUGGCGGCGCGUUUCCGCAGAGCCUGGCUUAGUACUUUGGUUUUACCCAAAGCGCAGGAUGUCCGGGGACUUUCUCCCAAAGCGAGAAUGGAAAAGGUAGCGAGGCUUCCUUUUGUGCGUGAGCUUUGA